AUGAAGAGGGAGGAGUCAUACACUUUUUGUUUGAUGACCCUUAUUUGUGAUACAUGUUAUAAAAUAAAUUAAUUAAAAUAUAGAAUAAGAAUGGACGUAUUUUUAAUAAUAAUCUCUUGUAUAAUAGCCGUUCUGCUGCUGGGAAUCAACAUUUAUAUACUAGCCUUAUAUUGUCAUCCAUCUGAUUCUGGAUUUGGAGCAUCUUUAUUUUGUAAAAUAUUAGUAGUACUUGGUUUCACUUUAGCUUGGGGACAAAUCCUAUUAGUAUCAGCAGACAUAUCAGCAUCAAAGGGUGUUUUUACUACUGAAGGGGAAUCCAUGAUGAUUGUGUGGUAUGUCAUAUAUUGCACGAUCUUGGGAAUGGUAGCAUUUCUAAUUCCAUGCGCUCAAUUUUAUUAUGAAAGUGAUGAGGAUAAGCCAUUAAUGAAACGAUUACUCGAAGUUAUGUGCUAUGAAUUCAUAUUAUUGGGUGUGCUAUUGACUUUAUUAUUGGUUGGAUUCACCUAUCUAGGAACUGCAAGGAUACCUGUUCAUACAAUCACAUAAACCUUUGAUAGUUAGAUUUCAGCUACCUUUCCAAUUGUGUUGAACAAUUAUGCUUUCAAUUAGAUUGAAAGUGAUACCAAUGUUGAGAUUUCAGUAUCCUUUCCUGUGUUUUUAAUGGGAUUCUUGGCAUUUAUUGGAUGGUUUUUGUUAGUGUUGUUUGGUGGAGUUGGUCUUUCUGCACUGCCUAUAGAUUUAAUUUAGGAAUACAUCAGCAGACCUAAAGUAAUGAAAUCGUCUGAGGCUAUGGAAAAAAAGAUGAGAUUAAAGAAAUAAGCAGUUGAGUUGAUAUAAUUUGGUUAAUAAAUUCAAGAGGAAGAAAAAGAGUUGGCUUUAGUAAAUGGAUUUAUGGCAGAAAGAAAAGUGAAAAAUCAAAUUAAAUAAAAAGCUAAGAAGUUUUAGGCUGCAACUGAAGCACUUGCAAAUGAACAUGAAAUAUUUAAAAUGGAAUUAGAAUAUUAGAAUGUCAAUCCUGUGGUUUGGGUUUUCAAACUCAUUUUAGGAAUAAUAUUCAUAAUUUUAUCAUUGUUAUGGAUUUUAUAAAUAUUGUUAUAUAUGCUCAUUAAAAUCAAUGGGUAUCCUGCUUAUAGUUUUUUGAACAAGAUGUUCAUUUAUUUGGAAGGAACAGUGAUGUCAUUCAUUGGAACCAUUUUGCUAGCUCUCUUUACCUUAUAUUUAUUGGGUUGCACUUAUAAGGGCAACUUGAAGUUCGGACUCAGAAUUCCUUUCCUAUUCACAAUCUAUCCGAUGAAAAUAAAUGAGACCUUUAUGAACAGUUUCCUUUUCAACGCAAACCUAUUACUCAUUACUUCCGUUGCUGUUACUCAAUUCAGCAUCUAAGCUUUUUCAGAAUAUACUCAAAAUUCGCAAAUUGCAUUAAUGUUCUUGGGAUAGAUUUAAUAUUUAUAUUUCUUUACUUGGUUCUUUGAUUAUAAUGUGUUUGUAAUAGCAUUACUUUCAUGGUCUGGGUUAGUUUUAAUCUAUUUGCUUGUAAGGAAACCACCAAAACCUUAUGAAUUAUAAUAAAUCGAAAAAAAGAAGACAUAAGAUUUUGAAUUAUAAACAAAAUGA